AUGUUCAUGCGGUGCGGCGAGGAUGAGGAGCUGGACGAGGCUGGGCUGGUGGAGGGCGGACUCAUUCUCGCUGACGUCAGCGGCCACGACGCUCCAGUGUUUUUGAGCGACCGUGGCGAUCACCGCGACAGUGCGACGGGUGCUCCCUCCCCCGCCGAAGCAGAGGAAGCAACAGCAGCGGCUUCGGCGGCGGCGGCGGCAGGCGGGGCGGCACGUGAUUCUGCCAGGCCCAACUCUGAUGUAGGUACUAACGCUUCUCGCGAAUCUGGACCUUCUCGUGCUACGGCGGCUCCGGACGGCGGCGCUGCUGGAAACGCGCCUCGGCACGAUCGCGUAUCGGACAACACCACUCCUAUGGACAUUACUAGUAGCUACUAUAAGCAGGAAUCCGCUUCAACAGCGGAGAAUACCAACACCGGGGCGAACGCGGGAGAGACGGCGUGCGGUAAACUCCCGCCGCCUGUGCCGGCGUCUGCGCCUGCCCGCGCGCCUGCAUCCGCUGCAGCGGCAUCAGCGGAGGGUUCUCCCAGUUCCGUCCGCGGCCCCGCGCAGGACUCUUCCGGCAGAACGCUGGCAGGCGGCGGCGGCCGAGGGGGCGGCGGCGGAGGCGGAGGAGAGGGCGAGCGGGGUGAGGAGUCGUGGGGGUGCUCUGAGGGGCCAGACGAGGAGCUGUUGCGGCUGCUGGAUCAGCAGCACUGGAGCUUCCUGCAACAACCCGUCGAGGCGGAAGCGGAGGCGGAGGCGGAAUCGCUGCCUCCUGCGGAUGCGCGUGUUCCUCCCGGCGAGAGGAUUAUUGGCGAAGGUUUGGCUGCUGCAGCAUCGGGUGGUGGUUACCACCACGAUGCUGGUCGCGGUCGCGACGCGCCGCACGACGUGUCCAUGUCGCACGCGUCGCGCAUGUCGUACGCGUCGCAGGGGUCGCUCAUGUCGCAGGAAUCGCAUGGGGUUGCGCUCGGCGGCAGCGGGCUUUCUCCGCGGAAAUCCUCCGCGCGCUUGCCGCCGCCGUCUCCGCCGAAGCUGCACACCGCGGGAGCUGCAGCCGUGCAAGCGCCAUUCCCCCUGCGUAGCGCUGGCGCGGCUGCGCCCCGUCAGGCGCGCGGAGGGCCUGCGCGGAGUGCGCCCCAGCCGCAGGGUAGCGUGGAGAGCGCGGUGGUGGUGAGUGGCGGAGGGCCCAUGGGAUCAGGGGGAGUGGUCGCAGCGGCGGAUGGAGGAGAGCAGCAGGUGAAGGAGCAAUGGGAGCAGCAGCUGCAACAGCAGUUAGGGCAGGCGCAGAGGCAGCAGCUGCAACAGCAGUUAGGGCAGGCGCAGAGGCAGCAGGUGCAACAGCAGAUGGAAAGAAGGUCUGUGCCGGCGCCGUUGGUGGGAAUCGGAACAAGGGCACGGAUUCAAGGGGAGGGCAGUAGAUCGGAUGUUGCAGCAGUAGCAGCAGCAGCAGCAGCAGCAGCAGCAGCAGCAGCAGCAGGUGCAGGGCUAUCGGGCAGUGGCGGCGGAACAGCAGCGGCAGCAGCAGCGGCGGCGGCGGCGGCGAGUGAGGCGGCGAGGGCGGUCCCUUCAGGUGCGGUGGCGGAGAUGUGUUCCGGGGGGAACGCUGCAGUGGCCAUGGCAUCCGCGGCGGAAGCCAUUGCUGCGCGCAUGGCAGGCGCUCCGCGCCUCACAAGCAGUGGUAGCGGCAGCGGCAGUAAAACGGCUGGAGCAGCAUUGGGUAUGGUAGAGGAAGGCUGGGCGGGUGGGGCAGGCGCAGGGACAGGGGCAGGGGCAGGGGGAGGGGGAGGGGCAGGCGGAGGGGCAGGUGGGGGUGGUAACCGCAGCCGCGCCAGAGCUGCCGCUACUGUUGGUGGUGGGCCGACAGCUGGCCGCCACACGCGACACGCCAGCUGGCAGCUGGGCGGGUCGGCCUCGCUUGUCUCCACUCUCGUGCUCACGCCUCAGGGCGUGGCUCUGGGCAGUGGGGGCGGCGGUGGUGGCAGUGGUAACCAGGUGGGUGUUACUCGUGUGCCUAUUUCGCGAGUGGGUUCUGCUCGCACUGCAGAAUCAGGAGGAGGAGGAGGAGCAGCAGCAGUUAUACUGCCAGCUGGACCGGGCGGCACAGGAUGGAGGCAGCGGGACGGCCGGAUCCUAAGGAAGAGAUGUGCCACGUGGACAGGAGGCGAGACGUCGGAUGACGUUUGCGGUGGGGCGAUGGACGGUGGGGGUGUGCUGUAUGGGCUUUCUGGGAUGGCAAGUGCAGGCGGAGGGGGUAGCAGCAUGGAAGGUGCUGCUGCUUUCGCUGGUGCUGGUAGUGGGGCAGGGGUUGAUGGUAGGAAGGCAUGGGUUUCUGGUGGUGGAGGGAUGGUGGGUGGUGAUGAAAGGAGGGGGAGCUGGGAGGAGCUGCAACUGCUGUUGCAGGAAAGGGACCAAGGGGGGCUGUCCCACCAGCAGAUGAUUCUGCGGCAGCUGCUGCUGCAGCAGCAGCGGGACUUUCAACAGCAGCAGGCGAAACAGCAGCGGGGGCAGCAGGGGGGGCAGCAGGGGCGGCAGCAGGGGCAGCAGCAGGGGCAGGAGAUGCGGGUUGGUGAGAGAAAGCCGUCAGAGAGCUCGGCUAUGGACAUGGUUAUGGAUGGCUUGAUGCAGCAUCCUGGUAGCAAUAGCAACAAUGCCGCUAGCAACAGCAAAUCGGACGUCGCCAGGUGGCAGUCUCUGAUGACCCUAACCCAGGGAGCAGGAUCCAUAGCGCCUGUCUCUUCGUCCAAGAAGGCCCGCUGGGGUUCCACUCAGAACAAUCAGAACACUCCAAACACCCAAAACGUCCAAAACACAUCUGAGACCUCCCCUGGCACCGCCGCCGCCUCUGCCGCUGCUGCCGCCUCUGCUGCUGCUGCUGCUGCUGCUGCUGCUGCUGCUACUGCUUCAUGUGCUGCAGCAGCCGCAGCGUCAGGGGUCGCAUACUCCCAGAGGCCGUCCCUCCCUCCCUCUGUCUCCGCUGCUUCAAUGGCUGCCGCUGCAGCUGCAGCAGGGGCCAGGGGAGCAGCAGGAGCAUGUGCCACUGCUGGUGGCAGCGGGAGGAGUGCCAUGCCAGGGCAUGGCCUCCCUUCCCUCUCACACAUGCACCCGCCUCUCUCUCGCUCCAUGUCCGAACCCCUCCCCCUCCACCUCUUCUCCUCUUCCUCCUCUGCCACCUCCCCUCUCCCCCACACCUACGCGUCGUCUCUCACCCCUCCCUCCUCCUGUUCGUAUAUCCCCAUAGCAGCCUCCUACUCUCCCGCAACAGCAGGUGCAUCAACAGAAGCUGCAGCUGCAGCUGCUGCAGCUUCUAGACCCUUCCACGCCCCUGCGGCUGCUGCAACCGUCCCUAUCGUCCCCAUAUUCCCAAGGGGACUUCUCACCCCUCCACCAGCCACACUCUCCGCCACUGCCGCCUCGCACUCCUCGUCCUCCUCCUCCUCGCCUUCCCUAAAUAAUUCCAGUGAGCAGCAUCAAGCCCUGCAGCUGCUGCUCUCACAAAGACCGGAGCUGGGGCGGUUUUAUAACGCGGACGGGAGAGCAGGGGUGGGGGGGAAUGUGGGUGGGAUUGCACGAGAGGGAGUGGGGGGUGAUCAGGGGAGGCAUCAGGCAGCAGGGCAGGCGGGAGCGGGGGAGAGUGGCGACUGGUAUGAGAUGAAUUUGGCUGUACAACUGGCUGCGGCUGCAGCUACAGCUGCUGCAGCUGGGGAAGGAGGGGGUGUUAGGGGACCAGGGAGUGGCAGCCGCAGUGGCAGCCGGGAGGGCAUAGCUGGCGCUGAUCUGGCAUCGCUGCCUGCUGCUGAGCUGGCAGAAUUGAUGGCGGGACGGGGGGGCACAGCUUAG